AUGACAGAGAGAGAAUUGGAGGAGGAGUUCAAGAAGCUGUGCAACCAGCUGGACAAGCUGCGCGAGCGGUGCGGCUCGAGCUCGAACAUAGCGCGCUGCAUAGCCGAGAUGCAGGACGCGGCCACGAUGCACGAGCACAAGGCGAGCGCUGAGCACUCUGCGCCGUUAAGACUCAACACCGUAUUCACAGCGGUCGCCGGCCGGCUGAUGUGCAACGUCACACCCAACGAGGAGUCCAGCAGCAGCGGGAGGGACAUGGCCUUCGAAGCGCCCCCCGCAUACCGAAAGGCAACACCCACGAAAAGCGGCGAGACCAGCAACGCGGAGCAGAGCCAGACCGACAUGACCACCGAUUCGCCGAAAAGAAAGGAGACGGAGAAGAACGGCGUCUUCACAAUUAGUGGAGAAGAAAAAGACAAGAAGGACGGCGUGUUCGCGAUUGGCGGUGAAGAUAAAGGGAAGCAAAACGGUGUGUUCACUAUAAGUGGAGAGGCGGGCUGCAGCAGCGACCCCCCGAAUGCAGCCAGGAGUGUUCCUAGCACUAGCGAUAGGGAAACCAGGGCAAGUCCUAGCGGCUCGGAGGCUGUCAGAACGGUCAGGUCGGGCCAUGCAAGGACACACGCGAUCGUUAUAAACCUGGAUGACAAAAGUCGCUUUACCGAAGAGGUGACGGUU